AUGUUCGAGGACGAGCCCCACGCCGAAGGGGCGGCGGUGGUCGCCGCGGCUGGGGAGGCGCUGCAAGCUCUGUGUCAGGAGCUGAACCUGGACGAGGGGAGCGCGGCCGAAGCCCUGGACGACUAUACCACCAUCCGAGGCAACUACAGCUUAGAGGGAGAGGUUAUACACUGGUUGGCAUGUUCAUUAUAUGUUGCAUGCCGCAAAAGCAUCGUUCCCACAGUUGGAAAGGGCAUCAUGGAAGGAAACUGUGUUUCACUUACCAGAAUACUACGUUCAGCUAAAUUAAGUUUAAUACAGUUUUUUAGUAAAAUGAAGAAGUGGAUGGACAUGUCAAACCUGCCACAAGAAUUUCGUGAACGUAUAGAAAGGUUAGAGAGAAAUUUUGAGGUGUCUACUGUAAUUUUCAAAAAAUUUGAGCCAAUUUUUUUAGAUAUAUUUCAAAAUCCAUAUGAAGAGCCACCAAAGUUACUACGAAGCAGGAAGCAGAGGAGGAUUCCUUGCAACGUUAAGGAUCUCUUUAAUUUCUGUUGGACACUCUUUGUUUAUACUAAGGGUAAUUUUCGUAUGAUUGGGGAUGAUUUAGUAAACUCUUAUCAUUUACUUCUGUGCUGCUUGGAUCUGAUUUUUGCCAAUGCCAUUAUGUGCCCAAAUAGACAAGACUUGCUAAAUCCAUCAUUUAAAGGUUUACCGUCUGAUUUCCACACUGCUGAUUUUAGGGCUUCUGAAGAGCCUCCCUGCAUCAUUGCUGUACUGUGUGAAUUGCAUGAUGGACUUCUAGUAGAAGCAAAAGGAAUAAAGGAGCACUACUUUAAGCCAUACAUUUCAAAACUCUUUGACAGGAAGAUUUUAAAAGGAGAAUGCCUCUUAGACCUUUCCAGUUUUACUGAUAAUAGCAAGGCAGUGAACAAGGAGUAUGAAGAGUAUGUUCUAACUGUUGGUGACUUUGAUGAGAGGAUCUUUUUGGGAGCAGAUGCAGAAGAAGAAAUCGGAACGCCUCGAAAAUUCACUGGUGACACCCCAUUAGGGAAACUGACAGCACAGGCUAAUGUGGAGUAUAACCUUCAACAACACUUUGAAAAAAAAAGAUCAUUCGCACCUUCUACCCCGUUGACAGGACGGCGGUAUUUACGAGAAAAAGAAGCAGUCAUUACUCCUGUUGCUUCAGCCACCCAAAGUGUGAGCCGGUUACAGAGUAUUGUGGCUGGACUGAAAAAUGCACCAAGUGAACAACUUAUAAAUAUUUUUGAAUCAUGUGUGCGUAAUCCUAUGGAAAACAUUGUGAAAAUACUGAAAGGAAUUGGAGAAACUUUCUGCCAACACUAUACUCAAUCAACAGAUGAACAGCCAGGAUCUCAUAUAGACUUUGCUGUAAACAGACUGAAGCUGGCAGAAAUUUUGUAUUAUAAAAUAUUAGAGACUGUAAUGGUUCAGGAAACCCGAAGACUUCAUGGAAUGGACAUGUCAGUUCUUUUAGAGCAGGAUAUAUUUCAUCAUUCCCUGAUGGCUUGUUGUUUGGAAAUUGUGCUCUUUGCCUAUAGCUCACCUCGUACUUUUCCUUGGAUUAUUGAAGUUCUCAAUUUGCAACCAUUUUAUUUUUAUAAGGUUAUUGAGGUCGUGAUCCGCUCAGAGGAGGGUCUCUCGAGGGACAUGGUAAAACACCUGAAUAGCAUUGAAGAACAGAUUUUGGAGAGUUUAGCAUGGAGUCACAAUUCUGCACUGUGGGAGGCUCUCCAGGGUUCUUCAAACAAAGUUCCUACCUGUGAAGAAGUUAUAUUCCCAAAUAACUUUGAAACAGGAAAUGGAGGAAAUGUACAGGGACACCUUCCCAUGAUGCCAAUGUCUCCUAUAAUGCAUCCAAGAGUCAAGGAAGUUCGGACUGACAGUGGGAGUCUUCGAAGGGAUCUGCACCCAUUGUCUCCAAUUUCUGUCCAUGAACGCUACAGUUCUCCUACUGCAGGGAGUGCUAAGAGAAGACUUUUUGGAGAAGACCCCCCAAAGGAAGUGCUUAUGGACAAGAUCAUAACAGAAGGAACAAAAUUGAAAAUUGCUCCUUCUUCAAGCAUUACUGCUGAAAAUAUAUCAAUUUUACCUGGGCAAACUAUUCUAACAAUGGCCACAGCCACAGUAACAGGAACAACAGAACAUAAAAUUACAAUUCCAUUACACGGUGUUGCAAAUGAUGCUGGAGAGAUCACACUGAUACCUAUUGCCAUGAAUACAACUCAGGAGUCCAAAGUUAAGAGUCCUGUAUCACUUACUGCUCAGUCGUUAAUUGGUGCUUCUCCCAAACAAACCCAUUUGACUAAAGCACAAGAGGUACAUCUGACUGGAAUAAGCAAACCAAAGAGAACUGGUUCCCUAGCCCUGUUUUACAGAAAGGUCUAUCAUUUGGCAAGUGUACGCUUACGUGAUCUAUGUUUAAAACUGGAUGUUUCAAAUGAGUUACGAAGGAAGAUAUGGACAUGUUUUGAAUUUACUUUAGUCUACUGCCCUGAUCUAAUGAAAGACAGGCAUUUGGAUCAGCUCCUCCUUUGUGCCUUUUACAUCAUGGCAAAGGUAACAAAAGAAGAAAGAACUUUUCAAGAAAUAAUGAAAAGUUAUAGGAAUCAGCCCCAAGCUAAUAGUCACGUAUAUAGAAGUGUUCUGUUGAAAAGUAUUCCAAGGGAAGUUGUAACAUACAAUAAAAACAUAAAUGGUGAUUUUGAAAUGACAGAUUGUGACUUAGAAGAUGCUACAAAAACACCUGACUGUUCCAGUGGACCAGUGAAAGAGGAAAGAGGUGAUCUUAUCAAAUUUUACAAUACAAUAUAUGUAGGAAGAGUGAAGUCAUUUGCAUUAAAAUACGACUUGUCAAAUCAGGACCACGUGAUGGAUGCUCCACCACUCUCUCCUUUUCCACAUAUUAAGCAACAGCCAGGCUCACCACGCCGGAUUUCCCAACAGCAUUCUAUUUAUGUUUCCCCACAUAAGAAUGGGUCAUGCCUUACACCAAGGAGUGCUCUGCUGUACAAAUUCAAUGGCAGCCCUUCUAAGAGUUUGAAAGAUAUCAACAACAUGAUAAGGCAAGGUGAGCAGAGAACCAAGAAGCGAGCAAUACCGAUACCCAUCGAUGGUGAUGCAGAAUCACCUGCCAAACGCCUCUGUCAAGAAAAUGACGAUGUAUUACUUAAACGACUACAAGAUGUUGUCAGUGAAAGAGCAAAUCAUUAA